AUGUCUACCAAGGAGGAGACAACUGAAUCAAGAAGUACUGAGGGAUUCACCUCAGAUGUUACAUCUACAGCUCUACCCACAUCAGAUAUCACAACGAAUGGUCUGACUACGGAGGAGGAGACAACUGAAUCAAGAACUAGUGAGGGAUUCACUUCAGACAUUACUUCAACUGGGCCGUCAACAUCAGAUAUAACUACCAAUGGUCUGACUACCGAGGAGGAGACAACUGAAUCAGGAAAAACAGAAGGAUUCACUUCAGACAUUACUUCAACUGCUCCCUUAACAACAAAUAUCACCACCAUUGGUAUGUCUACCGAGGAGGAGACAACUGAAUCAAGAACUACUGAGGGAUUCACUUCAGACAUUACUUCAACUGGGCCUUCAACACCAGAUAUCACUACCAAUGGUAUGACUACCGAGGAGGAGACAACUGAAUCAGGAACAACAGAAGGAUUCACUUCAGACAUUACUUCAACUGCUCCCUUAACAACAAAUAUCACCACCAUUGGUAUGUCUACCGAGGAGGAGACAACUGAAUCAAGAACUACUGAGGGAUUCACUUCAGACAUUACUUCAACUGGGCCUUCAACACCAGAUAUCACUACUAAUGGUCUGACUACCGAAGAGGAGACAACUGAAUCAGGAACAACAGAAGGAUUCACUUCAGACAAAACUUCAACUGGGCCGUCAUUAUUAGAUAUCACUACCAAUGGUAUGACUACCGAGGAGGAGACAACUGAAUCGGGAACAACAGAAGAAUUCACCUCAGAUGUUACAUCAACUCUGCCGUCAACAUCAGAUAUCACUACUAAUGGUCUGAUUACAGAGGAGAAGACAACUGAAUUAGGAACAACUGAGGGAUUCACCUCAGAUAUAACAUCUACUGCUCUACCAACAUCAGAUAUCACAACCAAUGGUCUAUCUACUGAGGAGGGGACAACUGAAUUGGGAACAACAGAAGAAUUUACUUCAGAUGUUACAUCAACUGCUCCCUUAACAACAGAUAUCACCACCAUUGGUAUGACAUCUACCGCUCUACCAACAUCAGAUAUCACAACAAAUGGUAUGACUACGGAUGAGGAGACAACUGAAUCGGGAACAACAGAAGAAUUCACCUCAGAUGUUACAUCAACUGCUUCCUUAACAACAGAUAUCACCACCAAUGACAUCACCACCGAUGGUCUGACUACGGAGGAGAAGACAACUGAAUCAGGAACAACAGAAGGAUUCACUUCAAACAUUACUUCAACUGCUUCCUUAACAACAAAUAUCACUACAAUUGGUAUGUCUACCAAGGAGGAGACAACUGAAUCAAGAACUACUGAGGGAUUGACUUCAGACAUUACUUCAACUGGGCCGUCAACAUCAGAUAUCACCACCAAUGGUCUAUCUACUGCGGAGGAGACAACUGAAUCGGGAACAAUAGAAGAAUUCACCUCAGAUGUUACAUCAACUCUGUCGUCAACAUCAGAUAUCACUACUAAUGGUCUUACUACCGAGGAGGAGACGACUGAGGGAUUAACCUCAGAUAUGACAUCUACCGCUCUACCAACAUCAGCUAUCAUAACCAAUGGUAUGACUACGGAGGAGGAGACAACUGAAUCGGGAACAACAGAGGAAUUCACCUCAGAUGUUACAUCAACUGCUCCCUUAACAACAGAUAUCACCACCAAUGGUAUGACAACCGAAGAGAAGACAACUAAAUCAGGAACAACUGAAGAAUUUACCUCAUUUGUUACAUCAACUCAGCCGUCAACAUCAGAUAUCACUACUAAUAAUAUCACCACCAUUGGUAUGUCUACCGAGGAGGAGACAACUGAAUCCAGAACUACUUUUGGAUUCACUUCAGACGUAACUUCAACUGGGCCUUCAACAUCAGAUAUCACCACCGAUGGUCUGACUACCGAGGAGAAAACUGAGGGAUUAACCUCAGAUAUGACAUCUACCGCUCUACCAACAUCAGAUAUGACAACAAAUGGUAUGACUACGGAAGAGGAGACAACUGAAUUAGGAACAACUGAGGAAUAUACUUCAGAUGUUACAUCAACUGCUCCCUUAACAACAGAUAUCACCACCAAUGGUAUGACUACCAUAUCACAACCAAUGGUCUAUCUACUGAGGAGGAGACAACUGAAUCGGGAACAACGGAAGAAUUCACCUCAGAUGUUACAUCAACUCUGCCGUCAACAUUAG